UCCCCCUGCCCCAUCUCACAUGUGAGGUGACAGCGGCUGCACAUACUCUCAUCAGACUUGCAGCUCAGCGCUUGCUGCAUACACUUGCUGGGUUGCAACUUUUUCUUCCUCUCUCUCUCCCCUCCCUCACUUUGACGGGCAGCAAUGAAGUCAGAGUGAUGUCAUAUAAGGAUACGAGUGCCUGGCAAUGUGACAUAGGUUUUUGGUGAGUGGUAUUCUCCACAGCCAGCGUUGCCUAUCGAGAGAGGCGCCAGCGUUGCCUAUCGAGAGUGGCGCGGAGCUGCAAAAGAUGAUCAUCACCACCACCUCAAGCUCUGUCACGCUCUCUCCCUUUUCUACUCCUCUUUCGGGCUGUCAUUUCAUGCCAGAAGACCUUAUCUGCCUUCCAAAAAUAAGCCUUUACCACCAUGCCGAAGGAAGAAAAACAAGAAGACAGGUAUUUUUAGGGCCAUUAACUUUGACCACGUGCCCCGAAGGUAAACUGGAUGGCCAUUGCGCAAAGGUUCUUCAUCGGUAUGUGCAACGAGGCCAGCACGCACUCGACGUUGACUGCAAUUGUUCUCUUGGGGUCUCUAUUGGGAAUUGUGUCAUCAUAUCCGAUUCCAAGCAGGACUAAUGCAACUUUAUUGGAGCAAAGGUGGGAGACCCUCUUUUCCCGCUCUGUUCUGGGAAUCUCUGGGGCGAAAUCGGACAUGAACUGGGAGAGUGACUAUUUGAUGGGCAUCAAGAGAGUGCGGCGACUUUACUGCAACGUGGGCAUUGGAUUUCACCUGCAGAUCCUCCCUGACGGCAGGAUAAACGGUGUACAUAAUGAGAACCAGUACAGUCUAAUAGAGAUCUCUGCGGUGGAGAGAGGAGUGAUAAGUAUGUAUGGGGUGAAAAGUGAGCUGUUUGUCGCAAUGAACAGCAGAGGAAGGUUGUAUGGAACGAAAUUCUUCCGGGAUGAGUGCAAGUUCAAGGAGACCUUGCUGCCAAACAACUACAAUGCCUAUGAGUCUUCGGUUUACAAGGGCUCCUACAUCGCCCUCAGCAAACAUGGCCGCGCAAAGAGAGGCAACAAGGCCACCACCGCCAUGACUGUCACACACUUCCUCCCACGAUUAUCAUGAUCAAAGCUGGCAAUAACUCACUAAUUUGCACAUGUGGAGGUUCUCCAAGGUAAUAUAGAAUUAUACAAUAUAAAUAUAUACCAUUACAAAAGGAUUGCAAAAAACUACACAAGUAUUUAUUAUCUUUAUAUAUGUAUAUUUGGAUAGCUACCUUUGUAUUAGAACUUAUGUAUAUGCCAUUAUUUGCUGCUUAUCAUUAUCGAUUGAGGAGUGUAUUUACACCUUUUCUGGAAGUACAUACCGGUCGUAACGGGAGUAAAUCAAGAUAGUUGCUUAGCCAAACUCCAAAACAAACAAGAUUUUUGACAUUAUAACGCUUGCAUAGCUGUCGAAUGGGAGCUUGAAUCUGAGCUUCCUGGGCGUUCUCUAACUCAUAGAUACUGGGGCAGCUUCACCCUGUCUUUGGGGUGGAUGACAAAUAUCCUUAGCUUUUAGGAGUGAAAUUGAUACUUUUUAUUACCUCAAAGAACCACUUGACUGGAUAAAGAGAUGCAUGGAGUUACUGUAUGCUCAAAGUAAUACCUGUUUAGUCUAUCCUUUCUCUGAGACCUUUGAGCACUUGCUGGUUCACUCCCCUGUGUUCAAGAUUGCUAUUAUUUAGCAAAAAGGGGGAUUGAGAACGAGACUACUUAAAUGCACUUCCCUUGCUGAACGAUGUGAAGGUGCCUUGGUGUUCCCACUUGUGGCCCUCUUAAAAUUGCAUGUAAGAGACACCCGCUGUAGUCAGAAAUAGGGCUGACACUCCGAGGAGGGCCUCAGGGGGGCAGGUCUAUCUCUGGUUUAUUUUCUUUUUCUGUAAUUAGAUUGAUUAAGUAAUAUACACUCUGGUACACAGAGAGAAGACUAGAGGAGAACUCAGCCAUGAGUGUGGGGAGGUAGAGAAUCUCAGUUGCCCACCCACAGUAGAAGUUUAACCGCCAUGUGAGACUCUAGUCUCUCCACAAGGUCAUUUAAACACGGUGGGGCAGUUAUGUGUUACAGACUGGAUUCAAACCUCCUUUGUCUCAGAGCUCAUUUGCAUAAUGUAUUGAAAUGAACUGAAAAAGGGACUGGCAUAAGAACGCACAAUAAAACAUGUAUCUGCUCACAAACUAGGACACUGCUGAAAUGCCCAAAAUCUUUAGUGUUUGGCUUUGGGUGAGUGUGUGAAAUGUAAAAUUGCAAGCUUUUGUGCAUCGCCAUACAUAAAGAUGUCUUAUUAAACCAAUGAAAAAUGAUGUAAAUAUUGACAAAUGUGAAUCAGAAAAAAAGAUCCAGGAACAAGUUGCGUAGUUCAGGUUGCACAGUGACCAUCCAUGAUGGUGCCUGAUGUCUUUUUUGUUGUUGAGAAUCGUUCCCAUACAUGAUUAUUUAUUUAGUUGUUUAGUGUGUUUGGUGAAAUCCCAUAGACCCCUCCCAGAUCAGUGUGCUCUGCAGCAGCACUGCAGUGGCAGAAAGUUGUUGGAAGCGGUAGUUGGAUGGUUUUAAAUGUAAUUACGGGAGGCUCAGUUCCUGGAGUCAAUGUGUAGCACUGGACUGAAGGACAGUGCAGUGCCUCAUAGUUAAUAGUGUUCUUUCCUCUGCUGCUGGUUACUUGAAAACUGAGGCUUCUCAUUCUACCCACCCCAAGUCACCCUCUGGGAAUGUUCUCUUUGGUGGAGCCGAGGAGGAGCAGGACUAUUUUAACCUAGAAAAGACUUAUGGGAUGCGGCCUGCUGUCGCUGUUUGUUGAAUCCCCUGCAAGAAUGUGUCUCAUCCAGGAGGACUGGCUGCUCCCCACAUACUCCCCUUUAACCAGUACCACCCCAGCCCUGUGAAAACCCAUGGGGCUGGAGGGACCUUGGGAUUCCAGCAGUAACCCAGGAGCUUCUUCUCCUGAUUUAGUCCUUUUUUAGUUCACAGUCCGAGUCAUGGACCAGUGUUGACCCUGACUCUGUGUCCAGGGGGGUCUGCUAUUUGAGUCCCCC